CCGGCGUUGGGGGCUCUCGUGCAGGGAGUUCGAGCCAAACGUUUGGUUGGUUGGUUGGUUGGUUGGUCGAUGGGGGAGACAACAACAAGCUAGACAUCAUGAGGGUCCCCGAAACACUGAUUUGGGUCGCUUUUCUCAUCCAGAAGGUGGUGGGAGAGUACGGCAUGGCCCAUUUCAGUGACAAGGGCAAGAGCAAAGGAAAGGAUUACUGCAUAUUCUUCAACUCCCAGUGGGCACGUUUACCUCAGGAUCUCAAUAAGGCAUCACGUCUCCAGAUCCAUGACUUGACAACAUCGGUCCUGUGCUCACCCUCUGAGGUCCCAGAGGGAGGCUUCCCGAACCGCAUCCCCAUGGUGAUGAGGGGGAACUGCACUUUCUAUGAAAAAGUUCGCCUGGCCCAGAUUAAUGGUGCCAAGGGCCUGCUCAUCGUCAGCAAGGACAGACUGACGCCACCAGCAGGAAACAAGACUCAGUAUGAAGAGAUUGACAUUCCUGUGGCACUGCUCAGCUACUCUGAUAUGCUGGAUAUAAGCAAGACCUUUGGUAAAGGACAGCUGGUUGCCAUGUACGCACCCAAUGAGCCAGUGUUAGACUAUAACAUGGUGAUCAUCUUCUUGAUGGCAGUAGGAACGGUGGCUAUUGGAGGCUACUGGGCCGGCAGCAGAGACAGCAAGAAACGGUACAUGAAGCACAAGCGGGACGACAGUGCCGAGAAGCAAGAGGAGGAGACCGUAGACGUAACCCCGAUCAUGAUUUGUGUGUUCGUCGUCAUGUGCUGCAACAUGCUGGUGCUACUCUACUUUUUCUACGACCACCUGGCCAUUUGGGUCAUCAGGAUCUUCUGUUUGGCCUCCUCUGUCGGCCUGUAUAGCUGCCUGUGGCCGUUCGUCAGGAGACUUCCUUUCUGCAAGUGCAGGAUCCCGGAGAACAACCUGCCGUACCUGCACAAGCGGCCGCAGAUCCGCAUGCUGCUGCUGUCGGCCCUCUGCAUUGGUGUCAGCAUCAUCUGGAUGGUGUUUCGCAACGAAGACCAGUGGGCGUGGGUGUUACAGGACGCCCUGGGGAUCGCCUUCUGUCUCUACAUGCUCAAAACAGUCAGGCUGCCCACAUUUAAGGCUUGCACUUUACUAAUGACCGUCCUGUUCGUCUAUGAUGUUUUCUUCGUAUUUAUUACACCUUCCUUCACAAAGAGUGGGCAAAGUAUAAUGGUGGAGGUAGCAGCUGGUCCCUCUGACUCCUCCACACAUGAAAAGCUUCCCAUGGUGCUUAAAGUGCCACGGUUAAACUCCUCCCCCCUGGCUCUUUGUGACCGCCCCUUCUCCCUGCUUGGCUUCGGAGAUAUCUUAGUACCAGGUCUGCUGGUUGUGUACUGUCACAGAUUUGACAUUUUAACACAAUCCUACAGGAUCUACUUCAUGGCCUGUACAGUUGCUUACGGCAUCGGCCUGCUGAUCACCUUCGUGGCGCUGGCCGUGAUGCAGAUGGGUCAGCCGGCGUUACUCUACCUGGUGCCUUGCACUCUGCUCACCAGCCUCAGUAUUGCGCUGUGGCGCAGGGAGUUGCCCCAGUUCUGGACUGGAAGUGGAUUUGUGCCUGCCAUAGUGCUCGCACCGAUCAACUGCACACAAACCGCCGCGCCGCCGACCAAGGAGGCCUCAGCUAAACCAGAGUCACCAACCGCAGAGGAGCAAGCCAGUCAGAGUGAAGACUCCCCCCAGGACCCGCCUCAGAAAACUCCCCCGGUGGAGAGCAAUGAAGAGGGAAAAAAACCCAACUGAAAUAACGUCUAGUACGGCACUUUUCCAUUUCACCGUGUUUACUUUGUUCAUUUUCUUUCUACAGUGUGUCCGAGUCAGUGGACAUUUCACAUACUCAUGCUUGUUUGCACUCGGUGCCAAGUACGAAUCUGUGUUUUCUGAAUGUCGGGCUCAGCCGGGCACAGACAAACAGAAGCAGUCCCAUCACCACCUCCUACUAACAUACAAUUUGCACCACCCGAAAGGGGAGUGAAAAGUCAAUCUACACUACUUUAUUGAGAAAACAAUAAAUAUUUCCACUCCUCUCAGCUCUGUGCCAACCUAAAGACCCCGUCACGGCAGCAAAUAACAGUGCAAUGUAUAACUUGACCAGUAACACCAGAGCUAAAUGGCAGAUUAAAAAAAAUACCCCUCCUGAUUUUUGGUUUUCUUUACAUUUAAGAAGUGGUUUAUGGAGAAAAAAAGACCUUUUAAAAGCUGAGAUCUAAACCUGAGUAAAAAAUGUUUUUGACCUAUUAAUUGUUUAAUAAAUCGUAUUAUCAUAAUAAAUUAUAAUGAGCACCCUGACGUGUUACAGAUCAGAGAAAAGGGGAAAAAACUUCACGUGGAGGUUUUAGUGCUUCACAAUUCAAACGGCAUGUCCAGAGCAGAAAAAAAUAAGCGAUAGUAGUAGUUGCUGUGUAGAAAUACUGGCAUCGCUAUUAAAGGAAUCGUGGUAAUGAAUUAAUUAGUGAGCCGUGAGCUGCAUGUUUUGCACCCCUGAAAACCAACUUUAAUGAACUUUGAGCAAUCAAAAAAUGUAUUUAGUGCCUGAUCAGUCUCAUACAAAUAACUCCAGGAUCCAACUAACCCAAUGGAGCGAAAAAAGAGAAAUGGUAAAAUAUUAGGUGGCAAACAGAAAAUUAAAGAUUUAAAUAUUCAUUCUUGCUCCAGCUUCUCAUUUAUGUAUAAGAAACAGAGUAUUUGGGUUUUGAAAUGUUGAUCACACAAACAAAACUUGUAAAAUAAGGCAUCUCGAACAUUGUUUUCUGCUUUUGGACAAAAGAAAAAAAUUCUAAAUAGCAGUCAGUUUUUUUUAUCUAGCAGUUAAAGGUAGUGCCAGGUUCAUAAUUUGUUGGAGAAAGGCACAUUUAUUUUGUAGUUUUUGCCUCUCUGCACCACAGUAGAUCCUAAAUCGAACAAUUACUAUGCGAGUGAAGAGCAGACUCAGAUGUGUUUGACCUCAAGGUGCUCCUGUUAGCGAACGAAUAUAAAAUUUUGCUCAGUCUUCACAAUAAAGUGCUAAAACUUCUCUGAUGACAGAGAGGUGUGGAAAGAUACUCUGAUCCAGUUUGUUGCCACAGUCACCAAGCCUCGGACCCAAAUAUUUAGCUGUUCGUCUUUCUGGUGUGACCGGGCUUUAAAGGUCCUGGCUACAACCCAGCCAAGGGGAAACCGGAGCACAACACAAAAAAAAAGAAAAGGAAACGCUGCCUGCUCCCAAGGAAAGACCAACGCUACCACAGGAUUGCGGUUUCACAACAACCAGAUAUUUUAUUAAUCUCCAAAGAUAGCAAGCAGCAGGGAGGGAAUGGCCAAAACAACAAACAAAACAGAACUGAUUUACCUAUGACGAGAAACCCAAAAGAAAAUACAGGCCUCUUACCUGUAUCACUAAGCUAAACAGGAGAAAAAGGUUUUAAAAGAAAACCCCAACAGCAACCAGAUCACCAAGGUUUACAAUCAAUACAAGACAACCAAGCUCUUCUCAUCACAGUAACUUGGUCACACAGCUCACCACUAAACACAAGACCCAUGGCUAAAUGCACAGCUUGUUUGGAAAUAGAAAGUGGGCGGGGCAGCCAGCCUCAUUCCAUGCUUAGCCAAUUAUCUGCCUCCACCUGGAACUUACAUAAGCACAAACAACACACAGCAUCAUGACUUGGGUCAUAACACGAGAAAGCGAUGGCAGCAGCUCUGCAAGCCCAUCAAUUUUCAAGCACUUAAUUUGAAACGCACUGAGACUUAAAUCCCCUUAAAAAGCCCUUUUGAAGCGUGUGUCCCAGAGUCAGAGCAUGAAGCCGCUGAAAACUUUCAUACCCCUUAAAAUGUGGUGCUAACCUGGUUGUUGACUGAGCCAAAGCACUUUUGUUAUUUUCUCAUCAAGCUUUUGUUACAUUUUGUGUUUGCAUGCUUUUAUUUUGAUUUUAGCCCAGAUAUAUAACCCAGACUUUGUAAAUGUUGCUGAGCGCUGCAGUCUGCAUCACCCGGGAGGCGCUCGUGUUAUAUUAAGAGUUGGGGUUUUGGCCUUACCGUGUCCACGUCUGGAGUGGGGGAGUGGGGGGAGGCUCUCUGAAAACCGUGUGCUGGACUCAAAGUGCUGCAGUUUCAUGUGUGAACUGGAGAGUAUGUGGUUCUGGUUGUUUUUAGUUUGUAUUGAAACAUUUGCACAGCAUUUUAACUCAUGAAACGGCCUGUUGUCGGCUCAUGUGUGUGUACGUGUAUGUUUAUGCAUAAUUAUAAGGGUUUAAAGAUAUGGAAACCAUGGUAACGACCUACUUGUCCCAUAUUUGUUCUGCUUUUGUUUGUCUGACCCGAGGGCAUCAUGUUGGACAGCAGCGUGCUGCGAGUGAGUCCGGCCUCGGUGUCCGAAUGUGAUUGAACAGUUUUCUGGACGACAUUAUUCAUUCACCAGGAUAGCUUGGUGUCACCCAGUGGUUUUUAAUGCCUCCACAGAGGCAUAUGUAUAAUAAAGAACCAUUGUAUUUAA